UUAAAAUCCGUUCAGUGAAAAAAGUUUUUUGUUCAGUCACCAACAUUUUUUCUUUCAAAUCAGUUCAGUGAACAAAAUUGUGAAAAAAAAAUCAUAAAAUUCUUGUAUUUGUGAAGAUCGCCAUUACUCAAAAAAAUAAUUUACGAAUUUGGAGUUUUAAACGUAUCAAUUAGUGUCAAAAUAUCAUAAACGGUGUGAAAGGAGUAAUUUGAACCUUGUCGCCCGUUAAUUUCCAUACAACAUGAGCUAUCAAAUGUCACAAAAUCGCACAAUGUCUCAUAAUCCUUAUCAAAAUUCGGAAAUGGCGAUGGGUAAGGAUCAACAGACAUUAAUGUGGCAACAAAACUCGUAUUUAUCUGGUGGCGAUUCUGGUAUCCAUUCGGGAGCAAUCACACAAGUUCCAUCGUUGAGUGGAAAGGAAGAAGAUGAAAUUACCGGUGGAGAUGAUACAUUAAUGUUUGAUCUUGAUCAAGGAUUUAAUCAGAAUUAUACACAAGAUCAAGUUGAUGAUAUGAAUCAACAAUUAAAUCAGACUCGUAGCCAGCGUGUUCGUGCUGCUAUGUUUCCAGAAACUUUAGAAGAAGGAAUUGAAAUUCCAUCAACACAAUUUGAUCCACAGCAGCCAACUGCUGUUCAACGUUUAGCAGAGCCAUCACAAAUGUUGAAGCAUGCAGUCGUUAAUUUAAUUAAUUAUCAAGACGAUGCUGAUUUGGCAACUCGAGCAAUUCCUGAAUUGAUUAAAUUACUCAAUGACGAAGAUCAAGUCGUUGUAUCACAAGCAGCCAUGAUGGUCCAUCAAUUGUCUAAGAAAGAAGCUUCACGACAUGCCAUUAUGAAUAGUCCACAAAUGGUCGCAGCUUUAGUUCGUGCAUUGUCAACGAGCAAUGACUUGGAAACAACCAAAGGAGCAGUCGGAACUCUUCACAAUUUAUCACACCACAGACAAGGUUUACUUGCUAUCUUUAAGAGCGGUGGCAUUCCAGCUUUAGUUAAAUUACUAUCGUCACCAGUCGAGAGUGUUUUGUUCUAUGCCAUAACGACUCUACAUAAUCUUCUUUUACAUCAAGAUGGAUCAAAAAUGGCUGUUCGUUUAGCUGGCGGUUUACAGAAAAUGGUUGCAUUAUUGCAACGAAAUAAUGUCAAAUUUCUUGCUAUCGUAACCGAUUGCUUACAAAUCUUGGCAUAUGGCAAUCAAGAAAGUAAAUUAAUUAUUUUAGCUUCCACAGGACCAAUUGAAUUGGUUCGAAUUAUGCGUUCAUAUGACUACGAGAAGUUAUUGUGGACAACAUCACGUGUGCUUAAAGUAUUAUCAGUAUGCUCUAGCAACAAGCCAGCAAUUGUUGAAGCUGGUGGAAUGCAGGCAUUGGCUAUGCAUUUGGGAAAUCCGUCACAGCGUUUAGUCCAAAAUUGUUUAUGGACAUUAAGAAAUUUAUCUGAUGCAGCUACAAAAGUUGAUGGUUUGGAGAAUUUACUUCAAGGACUCGUUCAUGUUCUUGCAAGCUCUGAUGUCAAUGUUGUUACAUGUGCUGCAGGCAUCUUGUCGAAUUUAACUUGCAAUAAUCAGAGAAACAAGGUUACAGUAUGUCAAGUCGGUGGUGUUGAAGCACUCGUUCGAACAAUCAUUAAUGCUGGUGAUCGUGAGGAAAUUACAGAACCAGCUAUAUGUGCAUUGCGUCACUUGACAUCACGUCAUCCAGAAUCUGAUGCAGCUCAGAACUUAGUUCGUCAAAACUAUGGCUUACCAGUGAUUGUAAAAUUAUUACAUCCACCUUCUCGCUGGCCAUUAGUUAAAGCCGUGAUUGGAUUGAUUCGUAAUUUGGCAAUUUGUCCAUCCAAUUCAUCACCGUUACGUGAGCACGGUGCAAUUCAUCAUCUUGUUAGAUUGCUCAUUCGAGCUUUCCAAGAUACUCAACGCCAACGAUCAUCUGUGGCCACAAGUGGAUCUCAACAACCAGGCGCUUACGCUGACGGCGUAAGAAUGGAAGAGAUUGUUGAAGGUACGGUCGGAGCUUUACACAUUCUCUCAAAGGAUGAAUAUAAUCGUCAAUUGAUUCGACAACAAAAUGUCAUUCCCGUAUUCGUACAAUUGCUGUUCUACAACGACAUUGAAAACAUUCAGCGAGUCGCUGCAGGAGUAUUGUGCGAAUUGGCAGUAGAUAAAGAGGUUGCAGAACUGAUUGAACAAGAAGGAGCAACUGCACCUUUGACAGAACUUUUGAAUUCUGCUAAUGAAGGAGUUGCAACUUAUGCAGCUGCUGUCUUGUUCAAAAUGAGCGAAGAUAAAUCUUUGGAUUAUAAGAAACGAUUCUCAAGCGAGCUUACUACUUUACCAGUAUUUCGAGAUGAUCAAAUCUGGAAUAAUGGAGAUUUAACAAUCGGACCAGACCUACAAGAUAUUUUGGCACCCGAUCAAGCUUAUGAAGGGCUUUAUGGACAGGCACAAAAUGGAACCAAUGGGCGCUCAUAUCCACAAGGAUAUGAUACAUUACCCAUCGAUUCAAUGCAAGGUUUAGAAAUUGGUGGAGGUCAGCAGCAACAAAAUUUGAUGGGUGGAAUGAAUACAGGUCCACCAACAUCACCAAAUAUGAUGGAUAUGGAGUGUGUUAUUGGCGAAAUGGAUGCCAGUGAAUUGACAUUCCAACAUCAUAUGGGAAAUGAUUCAAUGAUGCCAUCACCACCAGCAAAUGACAAUACACAAGUUGCUGCAUGGUACGACACAGACUUGUAAGCGUUGCCGAAAAGGGAAACAACAAAUUUUAACAUUUUAAUGAUUAACUAGCAACUUUUUUAAGUUAAGAAUCAUAACAAUCAAAAUAGAUUUUUUUUUCUAUUAUUUUUACAGUAAGUUUUAAGUUUAGGACAAAAUUUUGACUUAUAUUUUUAUUAUUAUUUUAAAUAUUUUUUUAUCAAAAUCUCGACUUGUUUCGAGCUGGUAGAAGAGAUAAAAAAAAAUCUUUUAUUAUAAAUGUUUUUCGUUCAUAAAUUGUGAUAAGCACUGAAUCGAAUUGAUCAUAUCCUACUUCCACAAUCUGCAAUUAUUGAUAUACAAAAUGAAAAAAAUAUACUUAAAAAAUUUUUAAAUCUAGGAAUUUGGGGUUGGUUUGGACAAGUUUGACAGUCUUUUUGGAGACUUGAGGUGUGAAGGAGGUCCUUUGAUGACCCCUUGUUCGCUGAAAUUAAUUUUGGAUUAAGCUUUUGUAUGGAAAUCUAAAAUGUUUCCAGAAUUGAAACUUUAAAUCGGUCUUUAAAGUCCAUUACAAAAGUGUAAAAUCAGCUCCAAAUUCUUCGUAAUUUUGCAAAAUUUCCUAAUGUUGAAAAUUUGCAUAAUUAUGAUCGAACCAUUUAAUGAGAGGUUUUCAUAGAAAUCUCAAAAUAAAAAUUUAAAUAAGAUGAGAAAAACAGGGUGAAAAAAAUUAUUAAGCAACAACACAGAAUUAAAAUUAAUUAAAUGUCACUAGAUUCUUUAUUUUUCCUUUCCUCUUUUUUCUAAUCAACCAUAGAUAAAUAAGAAUUUAACGUAAACGACUACUUACACUUCGUAAAUUAUACACAAUGAUUGAAAUUUUGACACAAGAAAUAAGAAUAUCUGUGAAAAUAAAAAAAAGUACAUAAGAUAUACACAUACAUAACGUUUUGAUGUAACUUGCUGAGGAAGAAAAAAAAAAAAGUUGGACAAGCUUCAAUGCAGAAAUCUUCUUUUUUAUAGAAAAUUAAUUAAUGUAAUUCUUGAUGGUUAAUCAAUUAAUCAUAAGUAGUUUGGAACUCUCAUGAAAAUAUCUUGGUUUGAUGCUAGAUGAGCAUCAUUCUGACAAAUUUUUGAGAAUUUCAAGUCUCAUUGAAGCAUUCAUAAUCUAUAUUAAUAUUAAGCAUUAAAUUUAGCAGAUCAAAAAUGUUUCACCUUUCUUUAUUUUAUAUCAAUGAUGAAAACAAGAUAAAUUAUAUUUAAGUUGAAAUAAAUAUGAAGAAAAUCAACAAUCUUUCGAUCUAUAUAUGAUGAUGAUUCGUGAAUUUUAAAACACAUUUAAAAGAUAUAAUAAAAAAUAAUUUUAAAAAAUUGUAA